AUGUCACCAACGCAACAGCCCACUCUGACCGUCUUUGGCGCAACUGGCGGCUGCGCAGCCAACGCCGUCGUAGCUGCUCUAGGCGCCGGAAUCAAAUGUGUUGCUCUAGCACGGACACCGAGCAAACUGCGCAACAUGCUCGAAGACCAAUACACAGUCCCACCUAAAACCCUCGACGCGAACCUUGUGAUCAUCGAGGGCAACAUCAGGUCCAUUGAAGAUGUCAAACGUACUCUGACCGCCUCGGGCAGCCUUCCAGACCGCAUCCUCUUCGGCGUGGGAGGCUCCCCGAAGAUACAAUUUAGUCUUUGGGCGCCCAUCACGCUCGACGACCCACACAUCUGCGAAGAAGGGAUGAAGACGCUGAUCGCGGCGCUCCGCUCCUGCGAGGCUGAGAACGUCCAGCUCGGGCCUCAAGGUAGUCGACCUCUCCUCUUCGCUAUCUCCACCGUCAGCAUGAGCAGCCGCCGCGACCUGGCCUACCUGUACUACCCGCUCGAAUACUGGCUGCUGAGUAUCCCGCGCAGCGACAAGAAGGCUUUGGAGAAGGUCAUUUUCGAGGCCGUCUUGGGUGUCGACUCGCCGGUUGGCGGCUUCGCCAUGGUGCGGCCCCCGAUCCUCAGUGAAGGGACAGCCCUUGGCCCUGAUAAGGUCAAGGCCGGCUGGGUGUGGCCUGACGAGCAGCGUCGGGAGAAAGUGGCGAAGGGUGAGAAGGAGGUAGGGCCCAUGGUCGGCUGGUUUGUUACCAAGGCUGAUGUCGGGAGAUGGAUCUUCGAUAAUCUGAUUCAGGGUGAUGGGAGUGCCUUGGGGAAGUGUUGGAGUCUGACCAAUUGA